AUGGAGCACACUGCAGGAAGCGAAAAGUUUCUGCCUAAUCCAGUCCUGCUGCAAGAUGAGGAAUUACACAAGUAUAUACUAGAAACUAGUGUGUACCCUCGAGAACCAGAGCCACUCAAGGAGCUGAGGGAAGCCACUGCAGAACUCCCCAAUGCUUUCUUUGGGACUGCACCUGAUGCAGGUCAGCUAAUGGCCAUGCUCUUGAAACUUGUGAAUGCAAAGAAGACAAUCGAAGUUGGAGUUUUUACUGGAUAUUCUCUUCUGCUUACGGCUCUCACAAUCCCUGACGACGGCAAGAUUAUGGCCAUAGAUAGAAAUCGUAAGACAUACGAAAUAGGCCUCCCAAUCAUACAAAAAGCCGGAGUUGAGUACAAAAUCGACUACAUCGAAUCCCCGGCUCUGCCUGUCCUUGACAAUCUUUUGGGAGAACCAAAGAAUGAAAGUGAUUUCGACUUUGCAUUUGUCGAUGCUGACAAAGAUAACUAUUGGAAUUAUCAUGAGAGGCUGAUGAAACUGGUGAAGAUUGGUGGGAUUGUUAUGUAUGAUAAUACACUGUGGGGAGGGGCAGUGGCUAAACCUGAAGACGCUGUUCCGGAGACCAAAAGGGAGCUGAGGCGGGCUACAAUUGAGUUUAACAAGUCAGUUUCGGCUGACCCACGAGUUGAAAUCUCUCAUGCUUCUGUAGGAGACGGAAACAUCAUUUGCAGACGCAUUUGCUGAGUUUCUUAAUUUGAUCUUCUAUGAGUGAAUAAGUGGAGGUUUAUAGCUUCAGAAGCGCAGAACUUUAACCUGAUUGCCAGCUCUUCUAUGUUUAUAGAUGUCUUGGAUUCUUUACUUGUUUCUUGGUGAAACUAAAUGUUGAAUAAG